GACCGCGAGUCGUCCUGGGGCCGCGGCCCCGGAAGUGUUACCCUAACGGUUAAAAGCCAGGUGACGUCGGCUAGCUAGCGUUAGCUGUCAGCCCGGUUCAGUCAUUGUGCAGGGAUGGAGGUGACACGCCAAAAUUUUAAGGACACUUUGAAAACGGUGUGCAGCGCCGUAGAGGAGGCGGACUUCCUCGCCAUCGAUGGAGAAUUUUCAGGAAUAAGCGACGGUCCUAAUGUCAGCGCGCUCACCAACGGGCUGGACACUCCGGAGCAGCGAUACGCGAAGCUGAAGAAGCACUCUAUGGACUUCCUGCUCUUCCAAUUUGGAUUGUGUACAUUCAAGUACGACCAGGAAAAGUCAAAGUACAUCAUAAAGCCUUUUAAUUUUUACGUGUUCCCGAAACCGUUCAACAGGACGUCCCCUGACUUGAAGUUCAUCUGUCAAAGUUCCAGUAUUGAUUUCCUGGCCAGUCAGGGAUUUGACUUCAACAAGGUGUUCUGUAAUGGAAUCCCGUACUUGAACCAAGAUGAGGAAGUCCAGCUGAGGGAGCAGAGCGAGGAGAGGAGGAACCAACAAGCGAACGGCGUCGGGACGCCGUCCUUCAUCUCCCCGUCCUCCAAAGGCCCCGCACACGUACCCGAGGAACACAAAGACUUCAUCAACCGGGUGAUAGGGAAGGUUGAGGCCCUGCUGACUAACUCAGAGAAGACUUUGGACUUGGAGCCGUGCACUGGGUUUCAGAGAAAGCUGAUUUACCAGACUCUGAACUGGAAGUUUUCCAAGGGGCUUCAUGUGGAAACUGUGGAAACAGAAAAGAAGGAGCGUUACAUUCAGGUCAUCAAAGUGGAUGACGAGGAGAGGAAGAGGAGGGAGCAGCAGAAACGGGAGCGAGAGCAGGAGGAGCUAAACGAUGCUGUCGGCUUCUCCAGGGUCAUCCACGCCAUCUCUAAAUCUGGGAAACUUGUGGUUGGCCACAACAUGUUGUUGGACGUGAUGCACACCAUCCACCAGUUCUACUGCCCUCUGCCAGAGGAUCUUCAAGACUUUAAAGAGGUCACAAUGUGUGUCUUCCCAAGACUUCUGGACACAAAGCUGAUGGCUUCCACUCAGCCUUUUAAGGAGAUGAUCACCAACACGUCUCUGGCGGAGUUGGAGAAACAGGUGAAGGAGGCCCCCUUCAAGUCUCCUCAAGUCGAAACUGCAGAGGGGUUCCACAGUUACGACACGGCGCAGGAGCAGCUCCACGAGGCCGGCUACGAUGCCUACAUCACGGGCCUCUGUUUCAUCUCCAUGGCCAACUAUCUGGGCUCCUUUCUGACUCCGCCCAAAGCGUACAUCUCCGCUCACUCCAAGGUGGUUGAGCCUUUCUUCAACAAGCUUUUCCUGAUGAGGAUAAUAGAUAUUCCCUACCUCAACCUCACAGGACCCGAUUUGCAACCUAAGAGAGACCAUGUCCUGUUUGUCACCUUCCCCAAAGAGUGGAAGACGAGUGACCUCUACCAGCUCUUCAGUGCCUUUGGGAACAUCCAGGUCUCCUGGCUAGACGACACGUCAGCAUUUGUGUCCCUGAGUCAGACGGACCAGGUGCAGAUCGCCGUGAACACCAGCCGCUAUGCAGAGAGCUACAGGAUCCAGACGUACGCCGAGUACAUCAAGGGCAAGCAGCAGGACAAGGAGAAGCUCGGCCAGACCCCCAAAUCCUGGGGGGAGGACGGCUGGCUGAAACCUCACUACACCUCCGCUAGCACGGCGGCUACCUUCGGAUAUCACAAAGGUUUGAGGAAACGCAGCAUCAGUCCCGCCGAGGGCGAGCAGGGCGGAGACGCUCCGAUCACAGACGGGUGGAGUCAAUACUCGUUCCCAGACGCCACGGGCAGCAAGAAGAUGAAGCUUGAUGACAAGAGCGGACACGCCGAGGCGAUCGAGAGCAAGACCUCGGAGGGCUGGCUGAAGACCGGAGACGCACCAGAUCCGGCGGGGUCCAGUCCGCCUCCCGAGGACGAGGGGAGUCCCGAAGGCAACGACGCCGAGGGAACGGUCCCCUGGCAACAGGCCCCGGCGGUCCACGGGAGGAAAGGUCAAAAGAAGAAGAAGCAGCAGAAGCCCAAAGGACCCGAACCAACGACGUCGCUGUUUGAGGUGCCGGAAGUGUGGUAGCGAGAGAGGCCGCUCCCUCACGUGACCCCCGCCGCUGCCGUGGGGGGAGGGUCGCUUCUGAAGCACUCAGGGAGGAGGGAGCGCUCUCCUGCGAGGUCGCACGUCACCGGGAGUCGGGGCGCACACCACAAACUAACGUGUUCACUCUGCAGCCGUGGACUCUGUGUCCGACACGCCUACCGGAAGCCAUAACAGCUGCCAUAUUCUGAGCGCGCGUGGGAGGAGCCGGCCCCUCUUCUGGCCACACCCACACUCCGCUAGAAUCUUAGUCUGAUCUCCAGAAAUGUUCUUUUUUUUUUAUUUCUGACGCGUUCAGACUGGAAUCCGCAACCACACUAUGAAACAUUUUAAAUGGCACUGUCUUAGUUUGUGCGAGUGAGACGUUUUCCCGUCUUUGAAGUCGCGGGAGAUGAAAUUCUGCCCGACAGGUCCUGUAGUUCAAUGUCUGGGUUAUUUAGUAUUUUAACGCAGCCAAACAUGUUUCUUUUCUUUUUAAAAUAAGUUUCUGUCAACUUUAACCAGUUUUAUUCAACAUGUAUAAGCUUAUCGAUGUGAUGUUUAUUGGUGGUGUUCCGAUCCUUCGAGAGGUUUGUUUUCUUUGUACAGAUUUGUUCUUUACCUUUUUGUGUGUUAACCGUUUUGUAAACUGUCAGCCUGCAACAUUGUCAAAGUAUGUCUUAAUGCAAAAGGUGUAAAGUUUAAAAAUACUUAAUGUUUCCUCAAAGGGGAAAACAAAUUAAAGAAUGUUUCUUAGUA